AUGGCUCCUAAAACGAGCAAGAAGACCGCAUUCGAGGAGCACGGUUACGAGUUCCUGGGCCCUCCCGGUGCCUUUUUCAUCUCCUUCAUCCUCCCCGUGGUCGUGUACAUCUUUGCUUUCGCCUGCAACGAUGUCACCGGCUGCCCCCCGCCGUCGCUCUUGCAACCCUCGACCCUGACGCUGGCUCAGCUCAAGCGCGAGGUGGGCUGGCCGGCCGAGGGCAUUGUCGGGCUCUUCAGCUGGGAGGCUCUCCUCGCCACCAUUGGCUAUGUCCUGGUCAACGCCAUUCUAUACCGGGUGUUGCCUGCCGAGCAGGUCCAGGGCGUGAAGUUGCGCAAUGGCGAAAGAUUGAACUACCGCCUCAACACCUUCUACUGCCACUCGGUCAUGCUGGCGGUGCUUGCUGCCGGCACCGCUGCGCAAGGCGCCCACUUCAUCGUGUGGACAUUUAUCAGCGACAACUACAUCCAGAUCAUCACCGCCAACAUCCUGCUGGCCUACGCCACGGCGACCUACGUCUACAUCCACAGCUUCAGCGUCAAGCCUGGCAACAAGGAGCUCCGUGAGCUGGCCGAGGGUGGCCAGUCGGGCAACAUCCUCUACGACUGGUUCAUUGGCCGCGAGCUAAACCCCCGCGUCACCCUGCCGUUCAUUGGAGAGAUUGACCUCAAGGAGUGGCUCGAGCUGCGCCCCGGCAUGUUCGGCUGGGUCCUCAUGAACUUUGUCUGGAUGGCCAAGCAGCACCGCACCUUUGGCUAUGUGACCGACAGCAUGGUCCUGAUCAGCGUCGUGCAGGCCCUGUACGUCGUCGACUCGUGGUGGAAUGAGUCGGCCAUCUUGACGACCAUGGACAUUACGACGGACGGCUUCGGCAUGAUGCUGGCGUUUGGUGAUUUCGUCUGGGAGCCCUUUGCGUACGCCCUGCAGACGCGCUACCUGGCCCAUCACCCCGUUCACCUAGGACCUGUCUACCUGACGCUGAUGCUCGCCAUCAUCGCCGCGGGCUACUACAUCUUCCGUUCCGCCAACAGCCAGAAGAACCGCUUCCGCAUCAACCCCGACGACCCCCAGGUUGCCCAUCUCAACUUUAUCGAGACCAAGUCGGGGAGCAAGCUCCUCACCUCUGGCUGGUGGGGCGUGUCCCGCCACAUCAACUACCUUGGCGACUGGCUCCAGGCAUGGGCCUACUGCCUCCCCUGCGGCGUUUCUGGCUACCAGAUUCUUUCUGCUGGCUCCAAUGCACCAGGGUCGUAUGUGAUGAAUGACGGUCGCGAGGUGAUUCAAGGGGAGGCCCGCGGCUGGGCCAUUCCCAUCACUUGCUUCUACAUCAUCUACUUUGCCGUGCUGCUUGUCCAUCGCGAGGGCCGAGACGACAUCAAGUGCCACCGCAAGUAUGGCAAGGACUGGGACAGGUACAAGACGAUUGUCCGUGCCAAGAUCAUUCCCGGCAUCUACUGA